CAAACAUGAUGAGCCUGUCCUCAAGUCGACGAGGGAGAAACCAAGCGGAGAAACUCCUUGCAUUUUGAAAACGUUGCUCGAUAAUGAAGCAUCUCUUCUUGUCCGUACUUUGCGCUGUACUGUUUUGUGGGCGGGCACAGCAAUGUCCCUGGCAUUGUACCUGUCAGAGCAACCUGGCCAAUUGCAAAUCUGUGCCCUCACUGAAGGAAGUUCUGACAGCUGUCCCGAGGACAGUCCAAGUAAUAUUGCUUCAAAAUGGAAAACCUACCACCUUGGAGGCAGGGGCGUUCUCAAACUUCUCAAAGCUUGAAUAUGUGGAGAUGAACAAAUUUCAAACGCUAGCUCUUUCGAACGAUGUGUUUAGCUCAGCCACAGGGGGAGGCAGCCUCCUGGAUAAACUGGAAAUGACUAACAGCAAAUUGAGGAGCUGCGACAUUGCAGAGAGGGCUUUCAGUGGGCUCGGAAACCUGACCAAGUUGGUGCUGAGCAACAAUGCCCUGGACAUGCUGAAGCCCUCGUGGUUUUCAGAUCUGGUUUCGCUUCGCAAAUUGGACGUCGAUCGGAAUGGGAUCUUUUAUCUGCCGCCGUGGUUAUUCGUGGGGCUACAAUGGCUGAUGAACCUUAACGCAACCUCCAAUCGGAUCCGAUACAUAUCCACAGGCACGUUUUAUGGACUCAGCUCCCUCAGCAUCCUGGAUUUGUCCAAGAAUGAGCUCCUGUUCAUCGACCGAGAUGCUUUUGUUCCUUUGAGGAGUCUGAACGACCUGCGGCUGAGUGAAAACAAACUGGCCACAUUAGCUGGUGUUCCAGAGUCUGUUCUGAGUCUGAGUCUACAGAACAACCUCUGGGAGUGCAGCUGCCAACUACUGAUGAUGCUGGAAUCCUGGAGAAAGGCCUUGGAGAAUCCAGGAAGCUUGUUCUGUCAAAGUCCAGAGAGUGUGCGAGAUAAACCCAUACUGAGUCUCAGUCUUUGCCAAGCCUCCGUUACACCCUCCCCAAGUCCAGACAUCAACCCAGCUCUCAUCACCCUGCCUUCAGGCGGCACUCCAGCCCUCAGCGCAGUUUAUGGAUUUAUAGGUGGAUUUUUCUUGGCAGUUGCUAUCUGUUUAUCCUUCUGCUGCUGUAGGAAACACUUGAAAGAAGGAACGUGUUCGAGUCUUACGCCGCACAGUGGUACGACAAGGCCGUCGCGAGUGUCGAGGCACAGCGCAGCACAGAAGGAAUUGGAUGCCAGCAAAGUCCAGACUGUGUCCAUAAUUCCUCCUUACCUGUUCAACAAUGAGCUACAGAGCUUUAGCAACAGGGUGCAAAGAGAGAAAUUCUUUAAACUGUCAAAAGAAAACCCGACUGGGUGUGUUGAAGAGAGAGGUGAAAGAGCCGUCGAGAAUCGGGAACAAAUUCGACUGUGUAAGACGGCGCCCGGUUUCCUUUCUGCGAAUGUCACGUGUGUACACAACAAUCUAGGGUCUGAGAGUGAACCAAACUCCGACCUGAAGCCUGGACAUGAUGGAAGCCGGGGAAAUACUGGAGCAGGCAUUUGGAAACAUUGUGAGGGGGAACAAGUGGUCCAAUCCUUGAAUCGCCCAACACAUCUAAAAAUAUCACAGCACAACUUGGAGCAUGGUCCCUUUUUCAACAGUCACCUGAAUCUCCAUGAGAAAGUGAUCCUGCCAUCACACCCAGACAACUUGUCGGGAAACACUAUCCAGUUUUCAAUCAGCACCGAUCAGACGUUUACAGAGAUUUAUAACCAAACUCCUAAUAACUCAUUGGGAGGUGAAGGUCCAACAGGUCUCAAUGAAGUCUUCAAGCUCUACAAUGAGGCCACAAGGUGCCAAUGGGGAAUCCAAACUGCGAACUUGAAGCAAGUCAAAGUUGUGGGACCACUCGAAGACUUGGAUACUGAGAUGUUAGAGGGGUCUGCGGCAAGUUGUGCAAUGUAUGAAGAGCUGAGUGAGAUGAAGGAAAAUGAGUGUCCAUCAAUAAAUAAUCCUAGGAAUGCCAUUGGAUUGAUUGACAGUUCACCAGCAGCUGAAGAUACCAGUGCUUUGCAUGAGAGAGGACUGUUGGAGCUUGUCAGUCCUGAUGCCAGUAAACCAGGAAUUAGUGGAACAAGAAUACAAAAAUCCUCAAAGGUUCCAACAAAUUCCAUGACACAAGAGCUGCAAAGAUCUCACAGAGAUGAAAAUACCCAACUCUGUGGUGCAGAGGGUACUGGAGGAUUAGAUCCACAAGUGGCAAUCUGCCAACUUACAUUAGAAACCGGCUGUGAAUGGGUUGUUAAGGAAGGGAGUGUUCAAGAUGCUCAUCACAGUACUCCAGGACGUGAUAAAAGAUUUGGCCGGAGUCGAUGUGAACAUCAAGUAAAGGAAUUUACCAAAGAAGGUACAACUUGUAGCUCGCCAAUGCUAUCUACAACGUUGGGGUGUGAGUUUGAAAAAGGAAGAAGUCAGUUAACAAGUGAGAAGGUCGACAUUCUACCAACUCCAGAGACUCCUGUCUCUCCAGGUACCCAUCAAACAGGGGGAAGAGAUCAAGAGGAGCAGAUGUGCCCCAGAGCCUUGAAACUGGUCAACGUGAAGCCAGCUCCCAAUGGCAGCUCUGUAAGCUCAUGGGAAACCCAAGCCAGGGAGAUUGGUAGCCUUAAGUUGACUCUAAUGGUGUCUGAUGAAGUUACAGGUGACAUGGAAUUGGAAUUGGAGGUUGAAUCUAAGCCUAAGGGAAGGGUAGAGGAGGACAUACCUCCCGCACCGACAAAUUAUACUUGUAUAGCGCCUUUCACAUCAGGAGAACGUCCCAAGGAGCUGAUUCCAAUAGAGAAUGCUCACUUAAUGAGGGAAGACCAAUUAACUCCUGAAUCUCUGGUGUCGCAAAGCAGGCAGGAGGAAGAGGACGAACUAUCAUCACUGGAAAUAGAUGGGGAUGCGCAUGUCCAUUGUCCCAACUUUGGCGAUGCAUGGGCUGGAAACGGUGGGUUAAGUGCAGGGGUUGUCAGUCUGCAGGGCUUGAGUUCUCUCUGCGUUAGUCGCGUCGCGUUCCCUCCAAGUUCCUGCGCACAAGAAGCAUCGACCCUUUUCAGCAGAGGAAUUUACAGUGAGCGGGCGAGAGAGGGCAGGAGGGCAUUAGGGCAAGGAGGCGCUGGGCGCUGUGUUGAGGAGGACUACAACGGGUUGUUGUAUUUAACGGGAGAGGGACGAGGGGCAGAAUGCAGGGCGAGCGAGUUGGCAGGUUCCUUGAAGAACACGGGUCGGGGCUGUGCAGUGGACCAGUGGGAGGUGGACAACUGGACACAGUUCCAGGCUUGCAAAUUGGCAGCAGGUGAAGGCAAUCAAUGCCAUCAGAGCACCAAAGAGUUUCACCUGAAUCCAGUCAGCACCAGAGACCCUCCCCCUCCCCCCUCUCCCUGCACACAAGUUGUGAGGCCGGUGGGGGAGAAGGUCCCACCAGAAAGCCGCUCUGGAGACGGGACGAGGGCUCGCAACUUGGAGAGGGACACGGCUCAAAGCGUCUCCUCAACCCCGAGCCUUCCCAAGCCAACCCCGAGCCUUCCCAAGCCAACCCCGAGCCUUCCCAAGCCACCCCCGGCCAGACACCAGCCUGAGGGUGCAGCGCAAGCUCGACGCGUUCGUGGGGACAGGACCGGGGAGAGGACCGGCCUUGCCCGGGGGAAGCCCCCGCCGUGCCACCCGCAGGGAGAAGGAUUCACGCAUCUCAUCCCGGGCUGUUCCAGCAAAAGGUGGGAGUCCGUCUUCCUUUCCCUGAGUGGGACUCCGUGUGGCGCGGCUUUGUGGGAGGGGGGGGUCUCGCCUUUGCUGCGUUGGGUGUGGCGCUGGGAAGGAGCCGGGGGGGAGUCCCGGAGGUCUUUGGCCGGUGCUCGACCGACCGGCCCCGAGACAGCAGCCACCAGAGGUGGCACACCCUCCCACUGGCCCUGGCGCCUCAAGCCGGGACUGGACCCCCAGAGUCGGCUACCGCACCCGCCCCAGCGAACGGGAGCUCUCCGCGGACAGUGAGCUGAUGGUCAUUAACGCGCUCUGUAACCUGAAGCACACGUUUGAUUGUCCAGUUGGAAUGAAAUAACUUUGUGUGUCCCCCACCCCCAAUGCACAGUCUGGGCUUAUAGUUGUUUAAUGUGUGAUGGGAUCAAACUCUAUAACUGUGUUUUAGGGCCAAACCGUUCGGACCAGAGAAUCAAUCGUUAUAAAUAACUACACCGUUUGCACUGCGCCUUUGGCGAUGGGGGAGGACGUCUCAAAGAAUGUCCCCCUUUGACUCUCUAACUCUCUCUCUCUCCAAAGAAUAUGUGUGUGUGUGUGAGAGAGAGAGGGGGCAAAGUGUGUUAGCAUUGAAGACAACUCAAACUGUACUCCCUCGUGUAGAGACGGUGUGGAAUUGGUGUUUGUAGGUCGUGUCAAAAUCUUUGCGCACAGCAUCCACCUGGUGAUUCCAGUCAGAUUGGACCCCCCAUCAUUGUUGCUAUCAAAGGUAAAUGUGUUUGCUCGGUGUGAUCACUGCUGCAGGACAGGGGCUGGUGGGUGGGGGGGUUUGCACAUGUUGCUAUAACUUGUUCCAAUAAACAGUUGCUUGUAAAA